CUCUCCCUCUCUCUCUCGUCUUUCUCUGAUUCUCUCACUACAAUCCAAUUCACCUCUCUCUCUCUCUCUCUCUCUCUCUCUCAAACUGUUUCUGUAACAGCGACACUCCCAGCACACCGACAAAACCCCCUAACCACCUUCAACCGCCGCAAUGAGGCGGAGAUCCUUCUCCCGCCUCUCCGUCCUCUGCGCCGCCUCCUUCUUCUUGCUCUUCUCUCUCCUCCUGUUUCUCUCUCUGGCCUCGCUACCUUCCCCCUCCCUCGCCACCGCCGCGGCACUCUCCGAUCAGUCCGACGUCGUUUCCAAUUUCACCGUUGUUGAGUCGACUAGUGGUUCUGACAAUGCCUCUCGGUCUUUCUUGAAAGAAGAUACCUUCGCUGCCAUCAUCGAUCGAGCCCUGGAAAAGGAGUUCACUGAAAAUGAUCAGACCGGAGUAAAUGAUACCGGCGGCUUCAACAAUAGUGUUGCGGAACAACAGGCAGUUUUGGAAACUGUAGCUAGAGUAAAGACCAAGAAAAAUGACACGAAAGAGGACAAGCCCUUUCAACUUCAUCAUGUAUUCAAUCUGGAUAAUGAAAACAGAGCGGAAGAGACCCCUACAUUGAUAGAUCGCAAGGACAAUGUUUUUAUCAUAUCUAACUUCAAAUCAAAAUAUCCAGUGCUCCAAUUAGACUUGAGAUUGAUAUCAGAUCUGGUUGUUGUCAUCGUGUCUGCAACCGGUGGUGGCAUAGCAUUUGCUUGUGCUGGACAACCGGUUAUUACUGGAUACCUGCUAGCGGGAUCUCUUGUAGGACCUGGAGGGCUGGACUUUGUGAGUGAAAUGGUGCAAGUAGAGACAGUGGCUCAGUUUGGUGUAAUUUUUCUUCUUUUUGCUUUGGGAUUGGAGUUUUCCACAGCGAAGCUUCGAGUUGUUCGCGCGGUUGCUGUUCUGGGAGGUUUUCUCCAAAUUGUCCUAUUCAUGUUCUUAUGUGGAAUUAUAGCAGCAUUAUGCGGUGGUAAACUAACUGAGGGGAUAUUUGUUGGUGUAUUUCUUUCAAUGUCCUCAACAGCAGUGGUGUUAAAAUAUUUGAUGGAGAAGAACAGCACAAAUUCCCUUCAUGGCCAAGUUACCAUAGGAAUCCUUAUUUUGCAGGAUUGUGCUGUGGGUUUGCUGUUUGCCUUGCUUCCUGUUCUGGGUGGAACCUCUGGUGUCCUACAAGGAAUAAUGUCCAUGACAAAAUCGUUGGUGGUGUUGAUUGCGUUUUUGGCUAUUUUGUCAAUACUAUCGCGUACUUGCGUACCAUGGUUCCUUAAACUGAUGAUAAACCUUUCCAAAUCAUCACAGACCAAUGAACUCUAUCAGUUGGCAUCAGUCGCGUUCUGCCUACUCGUAGCUUGGUGUAGUGAUAAGCUGGGACUAAGUUUAGAACUGGGUUCCUUUGCUGCUGGAGUGAUGAUAUCGACAACUGAUCUUGCUCAGCAUACCCUUGAACAAGUUGAACCCAUUCGCAAUUUAUUUGCUGCCCUCUUUCUUGCUAGUAUUGGGAUGCUGAUCCAUGUCCAUUUUCUCUGGAACCACGUGGAUAUCUUACUAGCAUCAGUUAUAUUAGUGUUCAUCGUAAAGUCAAUCCUAAUAACUGUAGUUGUGAAGGGGUUCGGCUACAACAACAGGACUUCAGUUCUUGUUGGAAUGUCUUUGGCACAAAUUGGGGAAUUCGCUUUUGUUCUUCUCAGUCGUGCUUCUAAUCUACAUCUAGUUGAGGGGAAACUGUACCUCCUGCUUCUUGGGACAACAGCUCUUAGUCUGGUUACUACUCCAUUGCUUUUCAAGCUAAUCCCUGCUGUGGUUCGUCUUGGGGUGCUACUACGGUGGUUCAACCCUGACACUCAGAAUGAGAUUGGAUUCAAAGGCGACCUCCGCUUGGAGACAGCUAAGCAGCGGAUAUCCAUAAUUUCCAAGGGACCUCUUGAUUCAUGACUGUUGUGUAUACUCGUAGAAAGAAAUUCCAGUUUUGCCCGAUUUGUAUCUUCUGCUCUGGUCCAAGUCCCUUCUGUGCCAAAGAGCUCAAGUUGAUCAUCCCCUUUUUUGUGCCAUACGAAGAACUCCCACAUGCUAUUUUCUGCUAUGCAUGCCUGACCCAAAGAGAGAAAAUCAAGCAAAUUGAGCCUAAAAAAUGGCAAAAAGGAUGGCGGUUAUCUGACUUACAAAGCAACUAACAAAUAGAAAUUUCACCUUCCAGUGAAAUAACUUCAGUUUCAAAUGUAACUACAACUUCAGCUUGUUGUAUGUAAUACAGAUUGAUAUCUGAGAUUUUCUUUGUUAUUCAGUAUGUUCAACGCGUAGAAGUGAAGUGUACAUGUCAGUCAUUCGAAGUUUUGAUGCUGUAUAAUUGUUACGCACAUUCACUGCCAUGUUAUUUUCUGUAUAGAAUCUUGUGUCAUUAAAACUCUGUA